UUAUUCAUGAGCAACUGCUGACAUGGGCGCCGUGAAAAGUUGAGUUUACAAACUUUGGGACGGCAGUUUAGUGGCAGUAUCUAUCUAGGAAAGUCACCGGCGUCUGCGGGAAUCUGUGUUCUGAUAUUUUCACAUGAAGAGAACACAUCCAGUGUUCUCUCAAAUCCAGUGUUCUCUCGUUCGCUUGGUGGAAUUUAUUCUGAUGUAACUUUUUUAGGCAAGUAGUAGGGUGGAUAGCCUAAGUGAUUAGCUCAGCCUAGGCUGCUACGUUGACUACAUUUGGUUUGGAACAAGUGAACUACACAAGAAAGUUUUGGACUGUUGAGGAAGGUGUUCUUGUAGUCUGAUAAGCUAGUCUUUAACUGAAUCAUUUCAAAUUUUCGCAACUUUGAAUCAAGCAAAAUGAGCAACAAUCCUCUGCAACCGAUGCCGGGACACCAAGUUAUCCAUGUCGCGAAGGACCCUGAUACGGACCUGGAAGCGCUUUUUAACUCCGUUAUGAACCCGAGACCCAGUUCUUGGAGGAAAAAAGUUUUACCCGAGUCCUUUUUCAAGGAGCCUGACUCGGGGUCUCAUUCCCGACAGUCCAGUACUGACUCGGGAAGCCACCCACCCAGACUAACAGAGCAACAACACGCACACGCACGGUCAAAAUCCUUACCAGCGUCUUUCCAGCUUGGAGUGGGAUCCAGCUCAACACCAAGCCCGGCACAUCAUGGGCACAUCCGGCACCAGUCUUUCGAUGUUGCCGAGGAGCUACCACUGCCUCCGGGAUGGGAGAUGGCUCUUACGUCCAACGGCCAAAAGUAUUUUCUCAACCAUGUGGAGAAGAUCACCACAUGGCAUGACCCACGUAAGACCAUGACAGCAGCCAUGAACCAGAUGAGUCUGCACGCUGGCCCCGCACCACAGCUACAGCCGCUGCAGCAGCAACAACAACAACAGCAGCAGCGCUCCAUGGCCUUAUCCCAGCCCAAUCUCGGACAGCUGCCCGAGGGUUGGGAGCAGACAGUCACCCCUCAGGGAGAAACGUACUUCAUUGACCACAAAGCCCAGACCACUUCCUGGCUCGACCCGCGAGUGGAUGCCCGCCUCAUGAUGUCCCACCACCACCAACACCUUCAGCAUGCCCAGCAACAGCAACAGCAACAACAGCAGCAGCAGCAGCAACAACAACAACAGGUUCAGGCCCAGUCCAUGGGCUCGCCUGGCCCCAUGGCCCAGCAGCAGGGCACCCCGCCGGGCAUGAUGGCUCUGCCCAACUCCUUGAGCGCCCAGCACCAGCAGAAGAUGCGGCUGCAGAGGAUCCAGCUGGAGCGCGAGCGCAUCCAGAGGAGACAAGAGGAGCUGAUGAGACAGGAGGUGGCGCUGUGCAGACAGCUACCUAUGGAUUCGGAGAACAUGGCUCCAGUGCCCACAGCCGUCAACCCAGCGCCCAUGAACCAGGGCACCAUGCCCACCAGCGGCUCCGACCCCUUUCUCAACAGCGGGCCCUACCACUCCAGGGAGCAGAGCACGGACAGCGGCCUCGGCCUCAACUGCUACACCAACUGCCCCACCACUCCAGAGGACUUCCUUAACAACAUGGAGGAGAUGGACACAGGAGAAAGCUUGGCUCAGGGCAACAUGAACGUCCCACAGCAAAGCCGUUUCCCCGACUUCCUGGACUCCCUUCCGGGCACCAACGUGGAUCUGGGCACCCUGGAGGGGGCCGACCUCAUGCCCAUCCUUGACGUGGAGUCAGUCCUGAACAAGAGUGAGCCUUUCCUUACCUGGCUUUAAAAUGGCAAGGAAGUCAGACCGUCGACACACACUAAAAAAGACUUUUUGUUUUGCUACCUUUCUAUUAUGUCAAAUCCGUGAAUUCUUCACCUCCCAAGGUUUUUACUCGCGUGUAAAGCAUUGUUGUCGUUAACUCAUUCAUUACUCUUCCACGAAUAGCUAGCUACCACGUCACUGUAAGAUCCAUCUGAAUUCUGAGCUGAAUGCAGACAGUAACCAAGGGUCUCUUUCAUCAAGCCAAGAACAAAGCCGACCAUGUCCAGUCAUGGCUCACCAAGAAAUGGAACAAAGUUAUUAUUUUGUGUAAUGUUUAGGAUAGUGUUCAUUUUUAGCACCCUGAGUUUAAAAAUAAAUGGGAAAAUAUAGCAUUCCUGUUUCUGUGUAGGGGUGACACAGCAUGGUAGGGGGGGAAAAUGGCUGCCUGUAGGUCUUCCUGUGCCAUUUUACAAGACAGGGAGCAGGGACAACACACAGCCAGUAGGUGGAGCCACAGCAUACUCUUGUAAGGUCAGGCCUGAAAUGGAGGUCUGUGACUGAUCCAGCAAAACCCUAAUUCAACAUCUGAUUAAACUCUGAAGUCUUUGAGGCCACGGCGCUUCCUUCGAACAACAAUGCAGCCUUAUAAACAAAGUAUUUUUCUUUCUUUCUACUUUCUUUCUUGUGUUUGGGUUACACUUUACUUAACAGUGGCCAACCUCUUACUUUGUAGUGCUUAUGUGAACACUGUGCAUGAAAUAAUACACACGCCGGGACUCCAUGCUCACGCAUUUUAUUAGCAAGACCAUGGCUGCUGGUUUUCAAAUCGGUGUGUGUCUGUGUUUAUAUAUAUAUCAUGUAAACAAUUAAUACUUCAAUGGUUAUGCACACAUUAUCCACAUUGUGCGUGAGGAAUUAGGACACCGGAAAGUUCUAAAAAGUGUUGUCUCUUUUUUGCAUACUUCUCAGAAAAAUACCAAAUCAAUGUUUUCUACUGUGUGCCAUGUUACUAUAAAAGCUUUAAAAGGUGAAUGUUUUAUUCAGCUAAACUUCUAAAGAAAGCAAUAUUUUAAGCUGAUUUAGCUUUUCUAUCACUAAAGCUCAGUGUCUCCGAAAUGCAAUUUGUAGACAUAUGUUUUGUAUCAUGUACUUUUAUACUGCUUACAGUAUUCUUUUUUAUAUACUGUAAAAUAGCCUAGAUGAGUUUCUUGCAUCUGGUGCAUUUAUGACUUUUAAUAUAGAGAUAGCAUUUUUAGUAUUUAUCAAGAGCUAUGAUUCAUUUUUAGAGAAAGAGAUUUUAGUUUUUUUUUUGUUUUUUUUUAAUGAAAUAAAAUUUUCAAAGCACUACAAAUCAGCAAGGGAUUCAAGAUAUCUAAUAAUGAAGUGAACAUUGAAGUUAGAUCAUCUAGAUCAUCAUUUUUAGUUCCUACCUACCUAUUUUGGUUCUGGUUGAAUGUGUGGCUUUGAUAAUCCUUUCUAUAAGCAAACUGACCUGUCUGAUCCUUUUUUUUCUAAAUUUGGUCUCAGAAAGUAGGAUGAUGUGCUACCCAAAGGAGAGCAUGUAUUCUAAUACCUGCAGGGAAUAGACAAAGAUAGUAUUUUGUAUACCUGAGGUAAUUGUGUCAGCAGUUAAAUGCAACUGAUUGAUUUUUGUUUUUGUUUUCAAACUGGAUAAUCACAUUGAAGCGAACAAAACAAUCUUGUCUCCUCUCUGCGGUGGUGUUAAAUCCAGUUUGGUAUUUCUUUUCUACAUUUGUCUAAGUUUAUUUGUAAUUGCAUGUUGAAUGAGAUAUAUGCUAUUCCUAGCCUUGGUGGACUAUUGUUCCACUCUGUAUGGUGGUUACAUUAUGGGAUGUUAUGGGAUGGAGCGGGUGAAGAUACACACACACACAACAAUGACAGCAUGCGGAGUGGGAAAUGUACAUGCAUGUACAUGAGAAAAGAGGAGGAUUUAGAUGUGAGGUCACACACACACACACAUAGUCUCACACACAGAGACAGACAAACACACUUACCAAAACAGCUCAUGACGUCCUUCACGCGUUUAGGACUGAUUGGCUCGAUGCUGGGUCUGAGCUUGUGAACAUGAUGGAUGCCAAAGGUGGCUCCGGUCCUCCUGUGUCUCCAUGGAGCAGAGGACAGCCACCGCUUGGGAUUGAUGACGCCCUGAUUCGUAGACUAUACUCUGGGGUUCAAAAGUGGGCCUACUGCUCCCCCCCCCACCCUCAACACAUUAGGGGCCACCCUAUGAACUGGGCUGAAGCAAGUGAAGCUUUUGGGAAAGCGCUUUUCCUAAACAGUUCUGAAGCAAUUUAAAGGCUUUUUUUUUUCUAAAUGGCAUUCUUUUCUUUUUUUUCUCUUGUAUUAUGUAUUAAAAAUGUUAUUCCAGAACAAGCUCAUGCUAGAGUUGUCACUGUGGGCAUUGCAGAGUAAAACAAGUAGUAAGGGUGACAAGAGGCAGAGGUCGGAGGUCAAGCUUAAGAGAAUGAAUACAACUAUUGCUGUAUGGAGAGAUACAACUGUGCUUCAGUAAUAUAUAUAUAGAGAGAAAUAAAACUGCUGCAGUGAUGGAGAUGCCACUCGGAGUAUUAAAUGUGGCAAAUGUCAAUAUGGUUUUUGAAAACAUGCUUUAAAAACAAGUUGAUGGAAUGAACAGAGGAAUAUGUGUAGCAUUCACACAACGCCACCCUAAGUAGCACAACAUUCUGCUACAAUCACACGGGGAGUAUUUUUUUUAUUUUGAAAGAGUAGAGUAAUGGGGUAUGUGGAUGUUGAAGGCAUGCUAGUGCUCUGCAAUCACACACACAUACACAUACAUACACACACACAUAAACUAGACUGCAGUUUACUGUAUCCAGGAUAAGGCAGUGUGAAGUUCAUUAACAAUGUCACCUCAUCAAGGAGGACUCUGAAACUAAAAAUGUCUUGUAACUUGUUUAAAAAAAAAAAAAAUCAAAUAAAAACGGUUCUGUACCACUUA